AUGGAGUCAGCUCCGGCAGCCCCCGACCCCGCCGCCAGCGAGCCGGGCAGCAGCGGCGCGGACGCGGCCGCCGGCUCCGGGGAGACCCCGCUGCACCAGGAUUCCGCCCGCAAGAGCGAGCCGCCCGCCCCGGCGCGCAGGCAGAGCUAUUCCAGCGGCGGCGGCAGAGGUAUCUCAGUAACGAAGAAGACGCAUACAUCUCAAAUUGAAAUUAUUCCAUGCAAGAUCUGUGGAGACAAAUCAUCAGGAAUCCAUUAUGGUGUCAUUACAUGUGAAGGCUGCAAGGGCUUUUUCAGGAGAAGUCAGCAAAGCAAUGCCACCUACUCCUGUCCUCGCCAGAAGAACUGUUUGAUUGAUCGAACCAGUAGAAACCGCUGCCAACACUGUCGAUUACAGAAAUGCCUUGCUGUAGGGAUGUCUCGAGAUGCUGUAAAAUUUGGCCGCAUGUCAAAGAAGCAGAGAGACAGCUUGUACGCAGAAGUGCAGAAACACCGGAUGCAGCAGCAGCAGCGCGACCACCAGCAGCAGCCUGGAGAGGCCGAGCCGCUGACUCCAACCUACAAUAUCUCGGCCAACGGGCUGACGGAACUACAUGACGACCUCAGCAACUACAUCGAUGGGCACACCCCCGAGGGAAGCAAGGCAGACUCUGCCGUCAGCAGCUUCUACCUGGACAUACAGCCUUCCCCGGACCAGUCAGGUCUUGAUAUCAAUGGAAUCAAACCAGAACCAAUAUGUGACUACACACCAGCAUCAGGCUUCUUUCCCUACUGUUCCUUCACCAAUGGAGAGACUUCUCCGACUGUGUCCAUGGCAGAACUAGAACACCUUGCACAGAAUAUAUCUAAAUCACAUCUGGAAACUUGCCAAUACUUGAGAGAAGAGCUCCAGCAGAUAACGUGGCAGACCUUUCUGCAGGAGGAGAUUGAGAACUAUCAGAACAAGCAGCGGGAAGUGAUGUGGCAGUUGUGUGCCAUCAAAAUCACAGAAGCUAUACAGUACGUGGUGGAGUUUGCCAAACGCAUCGAUGGAUUUAUGGAACUGUGUCAAAAUGAUCAAAUUGUGCUUCUCAAAGCAGGUUCUCUAGAGGUGGUGUUCAUCAGAAUGUGCCGUGCCUUUGACUCUCAGAACAACACCGUGUACUUUGAUGGGAAAUAUGCUAGCCCUGAUGUCUUCAAAUCCUUAGGUUGUGAAGACUUUAUUAGCUUUGUAUUUGAAUUUGGGAAGAGUUUAUGUUCUAUGCACCUGACGGAAGAUGAAAUUGCAUUAUUUUCUGCAUUUGUACUGAUGUCAGCAGAUCGCUCAUGGCUGCAGGAAAAGGUAAAAAUUGAAAAACUGCAACAGAAAAUCCAACUAGCUCUUCAACAUGUCCUACAGAAGAAUCACCGAGAAGACGGAAUACUAACAAAGUUAAUAUGCAAGGUGUCUACAUUAAGAGCCUUAUGUGGACGACAUACAGAAAAGCUAAUGGCAUUUAAAGCAAUAUAUCCAGACAUUGUGCGACUUCAUUUUCCUCCAUUAUACAAGGAGUUGUUCACUUCAGAAUUUGAGCCAGCGAUGCAAAUUGAUGGGUAA